AUGGGAUUCAUCUCGCGAACAAUUCUUCUCUCCGCUGUUGGCACUGCCGGCGCAGCCGCAUACCUCGGCACCCGAAACCAGGUUGUCACGCCGCUAUCGCCAUCAGACGCCAUCUUCAGCUCCAAGGUCUACAAGAAACACAACCCGGCAAGAAACCCCGCCACACAAGACGUCUGCAUCAAGCGCAUCCCGUUUAGCAAGAUUCGCCCUGAGCUGCUCGAGAACCCCAGCAAGCUCACCCUUGAGUACUGCCGUGGCGUCUGGUCGGGCAUUGGCUACGAGAUCCAGCGCAGAUACCUUGAAUACAAGUACUUCGGCCCUGAUACAAGCAAACAGCUCUGGUCAAAGCAGCAGCUAGCCGAGAGUUCGUAUGACAAGGGCACGUGCAUUACAGACCACUUUGAAGUAGUAGAGAAGACUAGCUCCGCCAUUACUGUGAGGUGCGGCGACUCGCCUCGCAAGACCGGCCUGCGCCCCAGCGAUGGACUAUUUGUAAUUGGCGCCACGCUGGAUAAGGAGCGACAAGAGGUUGAGUUGACGCUCAAGAGCUGUCUCUUUUCAAGCGAAGGCAAGGUUGCCGGCACACAUGGCCCGAUGCCCGACUGGAUGGAGCCGCUGCACCAAUGGUAUGCUCGCCUCUGGUCGGAAACCGGCUCAAGACGGCUGUUGAAGUGA